AGAAAGAAGUGACUUUAAAAAGGAAAGAGAAUCAUAAACAGUUACACAAAAUGAUACACCAACCCGUUUCCAUAUUCGACAAAUGUUGAAUGCAUAUAUUGCAAAUAAAUAAAGUGGAGUGGUUUCAGCGCAACUCUUAUCAUGUCUAAAGACGUAUCCAAUUCAUUGGAACUUGGAUCAAUACCAAGAUCCGCUUCUGCUAAUCGAUUUCAAGUUAAUCCUGUAAAUGGUGAAGCAGCACCUGAGACACCAGAGGACGACGACCAAUUCAAUGAGGAAGCUGAGAUUCAUCGAAGGACGUCAAGAAUUCAAUCCAUCAAAAGUAGCUUAAGAGACUCUAAAACUGAUCGAAAGAACAGCACAACUCGCUUUAAAGUAAGCGAUGAUAAUUCUGAUGAAGAUGAGAAUUUACUAGACGGUAAUGAAUAUGAUGAGAAAUAUGGCAGAAGUUUUCGACAUUUUACUCGUGAAGCACUCCCACGUUUGGAUAACUACCGCAACAUUCUAUCUUUACAAGCAGGCACAAGACCAACGCUUGAGGAACUCCACAAUGCUUCCAUUGUGAACAAGGCACAAACAUUGCCAGCCAAUGUCGAUCCCGAAGCCCUUCAAGCUGGUCUUAUAAAGUUUGGCUGGAUGAAAGGGGUGCUAAUGAGAUGUCUACUGAAUAUUUGGGGUGUCAUGUUGUUUUUGCGGUUGAGUUGGGUCGUCGGACAAGCCGGAAUUUUCCAAGGAUUGGUCAUCAUCUCACUCACAAGUGUUGUCACGACUAUCACCGCGCUUUCAAUGAGUGCAAUCAGCACAAAUGGAAUUAUCAAAGGUGGUGGAACAUAUUACAUGAUAUCGAGAAGUCUUGGCCCAGAAUUCGGUGGUUCCAUUGGGUUGAUCUUUUCAUUAGCCAAUGCUGUAGCUUUAGCUAUGUAUGUUGUUGGCUUUUGUGAAUCGUUACUCGAUGCUUUUAAAACCGUGGGAUGGAAAAUUAUCGAUGCAGGCAUUCAAGACACUCGCAUCAUUGGAAGUAUUACAGUGGUUAUACUGCUAUUUAUCGUUGUUAUCGGAAUGGAGUGGGAAGCAAAAGCUCAAAUUGUUCUUCUUAUUAUUUUGUUGGCGGCUAUUGUCGACUUUUGUAUUGGAGUCGUUUGGGGACCGAAAUCAGAUUCCGAUAUCUCAAAAGGCUUUGUUGGCUUCAAGCUUGAAUUGGCAAAAGAAAAUUUCUUUCCUGAUUAUCGCUUCGACAAAUCAAUUGAAAGGGUGCAUGACUUCUUUUCAGUCUUUUCCAUAUUCUUCCCUGCUGCAACAGGCAUUCUUGCUGGUGCAAAUAUUUCCGGUGAUUUGAAAGAUCCUCAAAAAGCAAUUCCUAAAGGAACUUUGCUUGCUAUUUUCAUCACAACAUUAUCAUAUCUCGGAAUGGCAGUUUUGAUUGGUUUUGUGAUGGUUCGUGAUGCAUCUGGUAAUGUUGACGAAGUUGUUGGAAAUGUUUUCUUAAAUUGCACAACUCGAGCAUGCCCCUAUGGAUUACAAAAUUCUGUGCAGGCUAUGGAAUUAGUUUCAGUAUUCGGUCCCUUAAUUUAUGCUGGUUGCUUUGCUGCCACUUUAUCAUCAGCAUUAGCAUCCCUUGUGUCAGCUCCGAAAGUUUUUCAAGCACUCGGAGCAGACAAACUAUACCCUAAAAUUGGUUGGUUUGCAAAAGGAUUCGGAGGAAAUAACGAACCCGUUCGAGGCUAUGUGUUGACAUUCGUUAUUGGAAUUGCUUGCAUCUUGAUUGGGGAAUUGAACGCCAUCGCUCCUCUUAUUUCCAAUUUCUUCCUUGCUGCCUACGCUCUCAUCAACUUUAGCACAUUCCAUGCAAGCUUAGCAAAGCCUGUAGGCUGGCGACCGAAAUUUCAGUAUUAUAACAUGUGGGCAAGUCUUCUUGGUGCAAUUCUUUGUGUUGCUGUCAUGUUCUUAAUCUCUUGGAUCAUGGCUUUGUUGACAAUGGCAUGUGUUUUGGCACUUUAUCUUGUUGUUGCUUAUCGUAAGCCCGAUGUCAACUGGGGAUCUACACAACAAGCGCAAACAUAUAAGAAUGCUUUGAUGAGUGUACAACAGUUAAACAAUGUUGAAGAGCAUGUAAAGAAUUAUCGACCACAAAUAUUAGUGCUCUCCGGAGCGCCAAGUUCACGACCACAAUUGAUCUCUUUCGGUCAUUUGAUAACGAAGAAGUUAUCUUUGCUUGUUUGUGGUCACGUAGUGAAGCAACAAAUGACUCAAAAGUAUCGCAACUACAUGAUGAGAAAGUCAAACGAAUUCUUCCGCAGACAUAAAUUGAAAGCUUUUUAUUGUCUUGUUGAUGAUGAUGAUUUUGAGACCGGCAGUCGUGCUUUGAUGCAAGCUUCGGGAAUUGGAAAACUUCGUCCAAAUAUUGUUUUGAUGGGAUACAAAAGUGAUUGGCAAACGUGUGAAUAUUCAGAGCUUGAGAAAUAUUUUAAUGUUUUGCAUAAAGCUUUCGAUUUACACUUGGCUGUCGCAAUCUUACGAGUUCCAAAAGGAUUAGAUUACUCUCACGUUCUCGGCGAUGAAGCACCGAAACAUAUUUUGGAAGCUCAGAAAUCUCUCACAUCGAAUGAUAGUUCAGCUGAUUUAUUGGGACAAGAUAAAAAUGGUUCAGCACAUGGAAGUUGUGAUUCAUUGAGUAGAAACAUUUCUCAAGAUGACUCGAGAAAAGAUUCUGAGUUGAAACGAAAAGCCAGCAGCACGAGCGAUUUGGCCAUGACCAACAAUGUUUCCGACGCCCCAGAUCCUAUUGAUAUUAAACGAAAGCUCCUAAACUCACCAUCUGGAAAAUCUUCUUCGAAAAAGGUUGAGAACGACCCAUCAUUGCUUUAUCGAGGACCGGGUGGUGCAGAAUUGCCAAAAGAAAUAAUUGAUGAAUUGAAUCGUUUCACGCAAAAACAACGUAAAGAUGCUGUUAUUGAUGUUUGGUGGCUGUAUGAUGACGGGGGUUUGACAUUGCUUCUCCCAUAUAUUAUCAGCACCAGAAGGAAUUGGAACACAUGUCGUCUUCGAGUUUUUGCUUUAGCUAACAAGCAUUCAGAACUUGAAUUUGAACAAAGGUCAAUGGCGAGCUUAUUAUCAAAGUUUCGUAUCGAUUUCUCAGAUCUGAUUCUUCUUCCUGACAUCAUUAAGAAGCCUGAAGAGAAGACAGUAAAUUUCUUUAAUGGCUUAAUUAAAGAAUUUUUGGCAACAACAGACGACGAUGAAGAAACUAAAAUAACAGAAUCCGAAAUUCUCGCUGUUCAAGACAAGACAAAUCGUCAUUUAAGAUUGCGGGAAUAUCUUUUGGAACAUUCAGUUAAAUCAGAUCUGGUUGUUAUGACACUUCCAAUGCCUAGGAAAAACAUUGUUAAAGCAACACACUAUAUGGCUUGGCUUGAGGCUCUGAGUCGAGGGCUGCCCCCAUUCUUGUUCGUGCGUGGUAAUCAACAAUCCGUCUUGACUUUCUAUUCUUAGACACUUACAUACAUAUUUAAACCUUCUCAUAAGAGAUAUUAGAAUAUUGUUGACAUGAAUGUCAUAGAAUGUCAACAAGUACAUCACUGGUGCAUUAAGUAAUCUAAAAUAUUUAAUAUUUAGCAAAGAUUCUGAUUCGUAUAAAUCAUUCCUUUUUAAAAUUUUGAUGUAUUUAAUAUUAGCCACUUUCUUUUAAAUAGUAUUAAAUAAAAAUUUCCAGAGUGUUUUUAAAUAGGGUACUUGACAUGUUUCAUUUCCAUUUAAAUCUUUGACUAACCCUCUAAAUCCUCAUACAUAUUUUAUGAGUGUUAGAUGAAAUUUAGUAGGGGAUUUUGGAUUAUGUAAGUUUGAUUGCGUGCCCUUAUUAUCCCUAGGUAGCCUUAAACAAUGUCAAGUAUUGUCAGAAUAAUUUUUUCUUACGAGUUUCUAAAAGUUGCUCAGUUAAAUUUAAAAUUUUUGUGUCACAAUAGGAAGCCAGACAAACAAAUAAAUAUUUACGAUUAAAUCUGCACAGACCGCUUACGAAUUGUAAUGGUAGAGAAAUUAUAAGUAGCAAAAGUCAAAUAAAAAUUGAAAAUAAAAGAAAAUUUGAACAGUAAAUGGUGAAA